AUCGUGACACGGGAAAAACUGUCGAAAGUGAAAUAUGAUAAAUCCAUUUAGAUUCACGUACGCUUUAAGGCGUGUGUGCAAAACUUUAAAACGCAGUGUUCGUCACAGGACCCUGUGUCCCACAAGCUUCGAGAGAGAUUAUAGCUCGGCCCUGUAUGUAUCUGGUAAAGUCGCUUCUAAAUCCUUUGCCUAUCUGUCGCCGUACAUAGACGUCGAUGAGAGGUUUGCUAAUCUCGAGCAGCUGCAGGAGGAGAUUGCGCUGCGCGGAAUGGACGUGGACGUUGUCCAACUGAAAAAGGCAUGGGAUUUCUAUCGAAAAAUGAUUGCGGACAAGUGCGCGUUAGAAGACAACAAUUCCGAACUCGGCAGUCGCAUGAAAACACUGUUGGAGAACACCGAACUUACCGCCGAACAGAAGCAGAAGGAGGAAGUUAAAUUGCGUACGCAGCUAACGGUAAUUCGGCAGGACAUGAAGACGAUGAAGGAAGCGAUCUGGGACCUGGACGAAGAUGUGGUUGUUAAAAUUUUGAAAUUGCCGAACGAACUAGAUCCAAGGACACCGAUUGACAAACCGGUGGUGUUGAAGAGCGUUGGCAGCGCGCUCGAGUUGUCCGAAAAGAGUAGGAAGAGCCAUAUCGACAUCGGGACGAGUCUUGGUUUACUGGAAUAUAAAAAUCCUAUGCAUUGCUAUUUGACGAACGACGCAGCCUUGUUCGAGCUCGCUGUGCUGGCGCAUGCGGGUCGAAUUCUCGGCGAGGACGAGAAGACGGUCAGAAUGAUCGGUGCGGACUUCAGCCGGAGUUUUGUAGUGGAGGGCUCCGGUUUGAACCACGAGGAUCCUACGGCCGCGUUUAUCAUAGAGAAUCACAACGAGGUCGAGAGAGGUUCGCCGAAUCGCAUGCACUUGGUCGGAGGCGCGAGCUUGACUUCCUUUCUGGGAUUACACACGAAACAGCUGAUAAAUCCCAACGACUUUCCGCUCAAGUACUUUGCCACUGGUAGACAAUACACGCCGUUGCCGCAAGACUUGCAUGCCUGCGGCCUGUUCACGGUGUGCCAGGCGUCGGUGGCACACACCUUCGCCAUGGUGAAGAACGCGAAAGACGAGGACUACAAGACGCAGUUUGAUAAUCUUCUGGAGACCGUGUGCAGGCUGUACGACGACUUGCAUUGUCACUAUCGCGUCGUCAUGCGACCCGCGUCAGAGCUGCAACCCUGGGAAAGCUUGCGCGUGUCAUUCGAGAUGUGGUCGCCAUUCGCGAGUCAAUAUAUCGAGAUCGGCCACAUAUCUGCAUCCGGCAAUUACUUCAGCAAGAGAUUACUGAUUGCCUACCAGACGCCCAAUGGUAGAGACUUCCCCGCGGUGAUAUCCGGCACCGUUCUCUCCGUUCCGCGCUUGCUGGCUUGCCUGCUCGAGCAGAACCCCGACAAGUUCGUGAUUCCGUCGAAGGUGGCCGAGCUCGUACCUUCAGACGAUCGCAUUGCUAUGUAAAUGAGUUAUGAAGUCGCCAUUAAAAUGUUAUUUUAUUUCA